AUGUCUCUAGUCACCGCCUUCUUCCUCCUCAUAGUUCCUCUCGCCGCCUCCGUGCCGGAGGUUGUUGCGACCGACGCACCGACGGUGUACCAAAUUCUCCAAAGCUACAGUUUCCCCGUAGGUCUCUUACCCCAGGGCGUGACGUCCUACCAACUGGACGCCGACACAGGGAAGUUCGUCGUUAAUUUGAACGGAACCUGCUCCUUCAGCGUCGCCGGAUAUGACCUCAAGUACAAGACCAAAAUCACUGGAACGAUUUCGAGUGGAAAGAUCAGGAAUCUGACGGGGAUUCAGGUCAAAGUUCUGUUUUUCUGGGUGAAUAUCAUCGAGGUGACUUCUGAUGGCAACAAUCUGGAAUUAUCCGUCGGUAUCGCGUCGGCUGAAUUCGCGGUGGACAAUUUCAACGAGAGUCCGCAGUGUGGCUGUGGAUUUGACUGUGUAAGUGCAACUCCGGUGACGGUGAGUGGAGGAGCAUUCAGUUUCUAA